AUGUGCGUCACAGAUGUUUCGAUGGCAGGCAAGGUUGUAAUAGUUACAGGAGGAAAUACAGGAAUUGGAUUCGAGGUCGCAAAAGCACUAUCGGCGAAAGGAGCUCGUGUUAUACUCGCCUGCAGGUGUGAAGAGAAAGGCAAUCUUGCCCGGGACAGAAUUAUAUCCGAAACGUCCAACCACAAAGUCAUCUUUAAGCUGCUAAAUCUAGCGUCAUUGAAAUCCGUGAGAGAAUUCUGCGAAGAUGUUAAAAAGACAGAAGAUAGGUUAGACGUUCUGAUAAACAAUGCUGGAGUAACCAGUAACUCAGAUAAUUACACGGAAGAUGGGAUAAUUGAAGCCCUGCAAGUCAACCAUUUCGGGCCAUUUCUUCUCACGUUGCUUCUGCUACCUUUACUAAAGAAACAGCCGAGUCGUAUAAUAAACACGAGUUCUAUAAUGCAUUUACUGGCAAAUAUCAAUUUGGGGACUAUAAAUGAGAAGUAUAAUACUGAUAUAAAUUGUUACAUGACCAGCAAGCUCUGUAACGUACUGUUUACUGUGGAUUUAGCGAGGCGUUUGAAAGGAACUGGAGUUGUGGUCAACGCUGUUCACCCUGGGAUUGUAGAUACCGGUAUAGUCCGGAAUGUGAACGCACUUUAUGGGAUAUGCUUCAGGUUUUUGUGCUGGUUUUGCUACAGGAGUGCGGUGGAAGGUGCCCAGACGACUAUACAUCUGUCGGUGACUGACGAAGGGGCGGAAGUGACUGGUAAAUAUUUUGUGGAUUGCGCUCAAAGUACCAUGUCUUGGAGAGUGAAAGGGGCACUCGGGAGGCAGCUAUUUGAUCUAUCCGUUAAGAUGGUUAAAUAUGAUGACAAUGUAGAUUGUAAGAAGUAA